AUGGCGGAAUCUACUAUUCCCGAUACCAUGAAAGCGAUUGUCGUGAAAGAAACUGGUGGCCUUGAAGCAAUGACGCUGGAUCCAUCUUAUCCAGUGCCAAAGGUUGGCGAUAACCAAGUCUUGAUCAAGAAUGAAUUCGCCGGUCUGAACUUUAUCGAUACCUACUAUCGCAGUGGUCUUUACAAGCAGGCGUGUCCAUUUAUCUCUGGACAAGAAGGUGGUGGUACAGUUGUUGCCUUGGGGUCCAAAACUGAAGACUUCGGUCUUCAAGUUGGAGACAAGGUCGUUUACGUUGCGCUAGUUGGCUCGUAUUGUGAAUAUUCGGCAGUUCCAGCUUCCAAAGUGGUCAAAGUUCCAGAAUCUAUUGGCAUGGAAAAAGCUCUAGCUUGUAUGGUGCAAGGUUUGACGGCACAUUAUCUCGUCACCGAUGCACAUGCUGGUCUUAUUCAAAAGGAUCAAUGGUGCCUGAUUUUUUCGGUUGGCAGUGGCACGUGUCAGUGGGCUGCUCAAAUAGCAAAGGUUCGAGGAUUCAAGGUAAUUGGUACCACUAGCAAAUCGAAAGCUGAUGCUGUUCCGAAGGGCGCCUGUGACGAGCUGAUCGUGCUGGAUACUGCAGAAGGAAAAUCGCAUUCCGACUACACCUCGGUGGACAUUCAGAAAAAGGUCAUGGAGAUUACCAAUGGUGAUGGAGUCAAAUGCAUUGUGGAUGGUGUGGGCCAAUCUACGUCGGAUAUUUCGAUUCAGUGCCUAGCAAGACGAGGCAUUUGGAUCUCCUUUGGCAAUGCUUCCGGUCCCGUGCCACCCGUUGCCAUCAAGAGAUUCACUCCGAAAUCAGCAUUUUGCACUCGUCCCAAGCUAGGAGACUACAUGGCCACAAGGGAAGAGCUGGAGUAUAGAGCCAAUGAUGUAUUUGGCCUCGUGUCUAAUGGGAAAUUGGAUGUCAAGGUGGAUACUGUCUUUUCCGUGGAGCAAGCACGUGACGCACACGAGUAUUUGGAAUCGGGAAAAAGUAAGGGCAAAGUUCUAUUGCGAAUCUAG